CUGCAGAAGGUAAGAUUGAGCAUGAUGGUAUGCGUGCUGCUAUUCUAAAUAUGCAAGGGUGCAGUAGCGCGGGGGUAGAUUUAGUUUCGGGCGACAGUAUUGAGAGGGCCCAUGUUGUCGAUGGAAAAGGGAAAGCGGAUGAAGAGGUCCCUCAUGCGGAGAAUGACGGUAAGGACUAUCAUGCUCUAACAUGUGUUAAAUGGUUUCCCCCAUGUAUCAUUUAGUGAGUUAACACGUGUUAGGCAUACAUACAGUGUGCGCAGGCGAGACCGUUUUUUAUGAACGAAAUUUAGAUGGCCCGAAUUGGAGCCUUGGGAUGACACAAAUUGGGAGCCAAGGCGACGUGUCACAGGAAAUUGGUUGCACAAGUGGGAAGAUGGAUGACAUCCCUCGGACAGAAACCGAACGUUCCGGCGAUAUGGAGGCUACCACAGACUUGAGCAUGGUUAUAAUGGUAGACCCAGUUAGCUCCUAUGACCCGUCCAUUGCAAUCCACAAAGGUCAAACUGGGCUGGGAUCUUGUGGGGGUGAUAUGUAUGAGGUGGAGGACAAUAUUCCGCUUGCAAACCGUGUUCGUAUGUUGGCUGAGUUGGGGGCACAAAAAAGGAAACUCCCCUUCAGAGAGAAGGUGGCAGCGGAGCCAAACAGAUCACCUUACUAUAUAAGGACUGUUGACAUGGGCCAGCCAAUUAGUAAGAAGGAGACUAAUCUGUGGGAGUACAUAUACGCUGAUGAAAGCCCAAUGCACCUUUUAAGUGGGUUUUGUCGGAGGAAGCGGGCAAUGGAGGCAAACGUGUAA